UAUUAAUGUCAACUUAUUUCACUUUGUUGUAAUGACGUUUAACAUCGAUCACCAACGUUUAUGAUACUUGUAUUUUUUUUUUGCAGACCAAAUAUUUGAUUUGUUCACAACAAAUGAUUAUUUGUGGAAACAUACGUCUUUCAUAUUUUUUUCCAAAGCGUAGAAGAGUUAGUAUGUGUAUUAUCAAACAAUUUUAGGUUGCUUUUUAUUCAAAGUUUAUUAAAAAUAUGGAUUUGGCUAAAUCUCUUUUCGAAACCAGAAACCACGAUGGAUAUGUUGGAAAGGUGGAUCACAAUAAGCGAGAGUUGGAAUUGGCAAUUGAACCUGAUGAUGCUGAUGACAAUUUAAUAGAAGAAUUAAACAUUGAUGACUUAGUAACUCCCACACCUGGAGGACCAUUUUCUGCUCUAACCCCAAGUAUGUGGCCACAAGAAAUUAUGGCCAAACAGUGCCGGGAGCAAGAAGAUCCUAAUUCACAACCAGACUACAGAUUUGAUGAAUUUGGUUUUCGUGUUGAGGAAGAGGAUGGGCCUGAACAAAACUCAAACAAAUUGCUUGGAAUACCUUUACUUGAAGAUCCUCAGCAUAGAUUGCAGUGGGUGGCUCAUUUAGAAUUUUCACACAACAAAGAAUUAUCAGACCUUACUUGGGAUAAAGUUGACAUUCGCAUUCCCAGGACUGACAAACUAUUCCAAAUGGUUAAGUCUGGUAUUCCUCAUUCUCUGCGCCCCCAAAUGUGGAUGCGAAUGUCUGGAGCACUCGAGAAAAAACACCAGUCAGAACUCUGCUAUAAAGAAAUUAUUAAAAUGUCUAGCAAUGAUUCACUGAUGACUUCAAAACAAAUUGAAAAAGAUUUAUUGCAUAUCAUGCCCACAAAUGCUUGUUACAGCCAUGCUAACAGCACAGGUAUCCCGAGAUUGCGCAGAAUUAUGAGAGGCAUCGCUUGGUUGUAUCCUGAUGUGGGGUACUGCCAAGGAAUGGGGAUAAUAGCUGCCUCCUUGUUACUGUUUAUGGAAGAGGAAAAUGCAUUUUGGAUAAUGGUAACCAUAGUAGAAGAUUUAUUACCGGCUUCAUAUUACAGUUCAACACUUUUAGGUAUACAAGCGGAUCAAAAAGUUUUAAGAAAUUUAAUAACAAAUUACUUACCCGAUAUCGACGAAACUCUGAAAAAUCACGAUAUUGAAUUGUCCUUAAUAACUCUGCACUGGUUUCUAACACUAUUCGCCAAUGUGGUGCACAUGAAGAUAUUGCUCAGGAUAUGGGACCUGUUCUUCUUCGAAGGCUCGCUGGUUUUAUUUCAAAUUACUCUCGCUAUGCUAAGAAUGAAAGAGCCACAACUCAAAACGUUAGAAAAUUCCGCUCAAAUUUUUAAUGCGUUGUCAGACAUUCCUGGUGACAUAGAAGACGUUGAAAAACUCUUUGAGGUUUCAUCAGAAUUAACAAGCUCGUUAAACGAUGUUACAAUAGAAACUUACAGAAGGAGGCAUUUAGCGUAUUUAAUGGCCGAUCAAGGAACUUUGGUGGGAAACCCAGAAGCGUUACCAAAUCUGCCUAAACAACACUUGGCAAGGAGACAGAUCAAAAAGAAUAAAUCGGUAUUUCAAAUUUUGCUGUUUUCGGAAGGCACUGAAGAUGAAAUUAAGAGCAAAAAUAUUAGACAAACUGAAAUAUUAGUUGAUCUCAGGGAAGCCAUUUUACAAAUUGUUCGCCACUUUGUACAGUUAGAUCCAAAACUAAGCUCAGAAAUUUCAUUGGUAGCUGAUUAUUCAAUGGAAAGUCAUGCUCAAGAUCAUAUGAAUUUUAUAAAUGUCUCAAAAAAUAGGAAGCGGAGAGCCAAGGCUUUGUUGGAUUUUGAGCGGCAUGAUGAUGAUGAAUUGGGUUUUCGAAAAAAUGAUAUAAUUACUGUAGUGAGUCAAAAGGAUGAACACUGCUGGAUAGGAGAACUGAAUGGUCUUAGAGGUUGGUUUCCUGCAAAGUUUGUCGAGUUAUUAGAUGAGAGAAGUAAACAGUAUAGUAGCGCCGGCGAUGACAGCAUAUCAGAAACUAUUACAGACCUUGUAAGGGGUGUUUUAAGUCCUGUUAUUAAACAAGUACUGGAACAUGGAAUGAAACGCCCACAUUUUCUGGGAGGACCAUGUCACCCAUGGUUAUUCAUUGAGGAAGCUGCCACAAAAGAAGUUGAAAAAGAUUUCAACUCGGUUUACAGCAGAUUAGUACUUUGCAAAACAUAUAGGCUAGAUGAAGAUGGAAAGGUCUUAACACCUGAAGAAAUAUUUCAGUUGCUCUACCGCUGUGUCCAAGCAAUCAAUCUGUCCCAUGAUAACGCGCAUGCUCAAAUGGAUGUAAAGCUCAGGUCAUUAAUUUGUUUAGGAUUAAACGAACAAGUUCUCCAUUUAUGGCUCGAAGUAUUAUGUUCUUCAAGUGAAGUUGUGCAUAAAUGGUAUCAUCCAUGGUCUUUUAUGUAUAGUCCCGGCUGGGUUCAGAUUAAAUGCGAACUAAGAAUUCUAUCUCAGUUAUCUUUUAAUCUAAACCCAGAUUGGGAGCUGCCUGUAAAAAAGGAAACAAACAAUCAGCCCCUAAAAGAUGGUGUUCGUGAUAUGCUUGUGAAACACCACUUGUUUAGCUGGGAUAUAUGAAUAUAUCAAAUUGAUUGUCCGUGCGUUUGCCUUCUGUAAAUUCUUCUGCAGAAUAUCUCAAAAAAAUGUUAUUUUUCUAAAAUGUUAAUAUCUCGCUUAGACUUAUUUAUUUUUAACUUAUUAAUAAAAAACUGGUUAUGUUUGCAAAUCCUAUAAUAAAGUAUGAAUAAAAUGCAUUUUUAAUUUU